CUUGCUCAUUCACCUUUUCGCUUCAAAAACAAUAAUGGUUGGCAAGAACCCACGGGCCGACAGCACCACUCCCGAGCCGCCAAGCAAACGUGCGCGCGUCGAUUCGGGUGGAACAAUAUUCACCGAUCUUGGCAUGCCCAUGGCGACGCACCUGGCCAAAUCCUACACAUAUGUAUCUAAGCUGCCGGAAUCGCAGCCCACCGACACAUACGUGCUGGGCGUGGACGAGGCCGGGCGCGGGCCAGUGCUGGGGCCGAUGGUGUACGCAGUGUGUUUCUGCAAAGAAUCACACUACAAUGAGCUCUCGUCGGUCGGCUUCGCAGACUCCAAGCAGCUGACCGAAGAGAAGCGCACAAGCUUGUUUGCAAAGCUGCAAACUUUGCAGUACUCGGGCUGGGCGAUCCGGUGCCUGGCGCCAGCAGAGAUCUCAAACAGCAUGCUGCAGACGGCCAAAUACAAUCUCAAUGCACUGGCGCACGACGCGACCAUUGGGCUGAUCCAGGAGGUCAUUGCGCGGGGCAUAAAGGUCACGAAGGUGUUUGUUGAUACGGUGGGCCCGCCGGCCUCGUACCAGCGCAAACUGCAGCAGGUAUUCCCGGAUAUAGAGAUCACGGUGGCGAAGAAGGCCGAUGCGCUGUAUCCGAUUGUGAGCGCGGCCAGUAUUUGCGCAAAGGUGCCGAGGGACGAGCACUUGGCCAGGUGGGUGUUUGAGGAAGGACUGGAGGUGCCGAGGAACUACGGGUCGGGGUAUCCGGGCGACCCGAAUACAGUUGCGUGGCUCAAGGACAAUCUCGACGCAGUAUUCGGCUACCCAGACAUCAUCCGGUUCAGCUGGGCCACCUGCACGAAGCUGCUUGCUGACCACGCCGCACCAGUAGCCUGGCUCGCCGACAUGCCCGCCAACCAGCUGACGUUCCGGCAGCCGCGCCGCUCGCGCUUCCUCCACCGGCCACUGCAACUCUCCUCAACGCUAUGAGGUUCUUUUUAUAAACCGGCAGUUUGCGACAAGAAAAAUAAACAUUUACUGCGGAUUACGCAAC